GUUCAACUGCUCUAGGUUGCAUAUGAGUAAACUUUUUCUUGCAGGUGGAAUUCCUAAAAGAUAUAACCUGGCUAACAAGUGAGGAAAGGAACCUGCUCAGCUCAGAGAACAGAGUGUUCUGGCAGUGCCUGCAUGAUAGAGAGGACCUGCAAGCAGACGGCACAGUGCUGUUUACCCUGAAGAAGCGAGUGUGUGUGCUGGAAAGCGCUGACCAUCCUAAUGGACCGCAUGGAGCUGCAAAAAGUCAACAUCCAACCUGAUGACCAGAGCAACAGUGGGGAAAGCCUCGAAGACAACUACACAGGGCCGGCUGAUUCGGAAAAGGCUGCAAUUAGCAGUCCCUUUGCUAGUGAUGAUGCAGAAAGUCAGAAGUUCCUUACAAAUGGCUAUCUGGAUAAAAAGAAAUUGGAAGACUAUAAUGAAGAAUAUCACAGUGGCAGAACUUCCUUUGGAAUGUCCUCGUUCAACCUCAGCAAUGCCAUUAUGGGCAGCGGCAUCUUAGGGCUCUCCUAUGCCAUGGCCAACACAGGAAUUAUCCUUUUCAUAGUUUUGCUGCUCAGCGUAGCAAUAUUGUCACUCUACUCGGUCCACCUUUUACUGAAGAUAUCUAAAGAAGGAGGAUCGUUAAUAUAUGAAAAACUGGGAGCAAAAGCAUUUGGCUGGCCUGGGAAGUGUGGUGUUUUCAUUUCAGUCACAAUGCAGAAUAUUGGAGCAAUGUCAAGCUACCUCUUUAUUAUUAAAUAUGAACUUCCUGAAGUCAUCAGAGCAUUUAUGAAACUUGAGGAGAAUUCUGGAGAAUGGUACCUUAAUGGGAACUACCUCGUCAUACUUGUAACAGUCGUGAUUAUUCUUCCCCUCUCCCUCCUCAAAAGCUUAGGUUAUCUUGGUUAUACGAGUGGGUUUUCGCUGACGUGUAUGGUUUUCUUUGUCAGUGUGGUGAUCUUCAAGAAAUCCCAAAUACCUUGUCCUCUUCCCAUCAUGGACCACGGGGUUGAAAACUGGACCACCACCAAUAGCACAGUGCCAAUGCACCUGGUCAUGUUAUCAAAUGGGUCACUCAGCUCUGGUGUGAAUUUCAUGAUGGAUAACACAGCUGGGCACUUCCCAAGCCUUGAGGAGCCAAAAGAUACCUCCCCGAAAAGCGGUGUAGAGUACGAAGCGCACAGCGACAAUAGUGACAAGUGCCAGCCAAAAUACUUUGUGUUCAACUCACGGACUGCCUAUGCAAUACCCAUCCUGGCAUUUGCAUUCGUAUGCCACCCUGAGGUGCUACCAAUAUACAGUGAACUCAAAGAUCGCUCCCGAAAGCGGAUGCAGAAUGUCUCAAAUAUCUCCAUCACUGGCAUGCUUAUCAUGUAUCUUCUGGCUGCCCUCUUCGGAUACCUCACCUUCUAUGGGGAAGUUGAAGAUGAGCUACUUCAUACAUACACUAAAGUGUACACCUUCGACACCCUUCUGCUGUCAGUGCGCCUGGCAGUGCUGGUGGCUGUAACCCUGACCGUGCCCCUUGUCCUUUUCCCUAUCCGUUCAUCUAUUAGUGCGUUGCUGUUUCCGAAAAGGCCGUUCAGCUGGAUAAGACAUUUCCUGAUUGCAGCAGUAAUUUUGGCUUUUAAUAAUCUGCUUGUAAUUUUUGUCCCAACUAUUAAAGACAUUUUUGGAUUUAUCGGAGCCUCUUCUGCUACAAUGUUGAUUUUCAUCCUUCCUGGUGCCUUCUACCUGCGAAUUGUUAAGAAGGAACCCCUGAGGUCUCCCCAGAAGAUUGGGGCUCUUAUUUUCCUCAUAGCUGGCAUAAUCUUCAUGAUUGUGAGUAUGACUCUUAUUGUAAUGGACUGGAUUUACAAUCCCCCAAGUUCAAGACAUCAUUAACCUGUGAAGACAACCCACUGCCUUUUAUAAUAUAAAUAUUUGUAUUGUGUGCUCUGAAGAACAUCUAAAUGGGAUUGUUAUUCCUAGCUAGUAACUGCAGUACUUUGAAGACAGUUUCUGGUAAGGUCACAAGAACCCAAUGGAGUCUACAACAUCCUUGUCAAUAAGGAUAGUUAUUUAUGCAUUAGGAAUCUGAGCUUAGCAUUUCUGGCCAGGUGAAAUGAAAAGUGUGGUGUGAAUCCAUUCUGUUUUCAAAACCAAAAUAACUUUGUACAUAAUCCUCAAAAAUAGCUUGGUGUCACCCCCUUCAAAAUCUCCCAUGAUGUAACCGCAGUUCCUAGAGCCUUGGAAAGGUAAUGGCCAGAAACCAGCCAGUGCCUUGUUUUCCAUCUGAAGAUCAUGGGAGUGGCUGCCCAGGUCCAAGAGAAAGGGUAUGGUUUCUGGAGGGGAUCUGGAAGGUGAUUCCUCCCUGCCUGAUUGACUGACCUGCCUAUCAGAAAAACAGUGGCUUUGGCAAGCCAGUGGACAAAGAUGAGUGUUAGAUUUGUUGCCCAGAUUCGUCACCCAGCUGUUGUACAGAAUAAAGCUCUCUGAUUCUCUGUUGGAGCACAUGCUUGAAGAACAGUGGAGUAUUUUCAUUUUGUUUUUAAAGAUGCCUGUGCUGGAAAUAUCAGUCAUUUCUGCUGUAGGGGUUUUUUUGUUCUUUAAUUUUUAAUUAUUGUGAGAGCUUACAUCACUGAACAAGUUGUAUCCUCCAUAAAAACUUGUCUUCCACUUUCACAAGAAUUUAAGGAGACCACAAGGUGUGACAAAGCACCCUAUCCAGUAUUGUUCAGUACUUGUGUAUUUGAUAAAUGUUCAGUGCAGGAAACUGUAAUUUGCUAUAUAUAAAAAUAUAUGUAUUUAUGUACAUAAUUUUUUGUUUUCCUCUCGUCAUAAAAAUGUUACCCUGUGGUACAUGAUUUUUGAUUUUUUUUUUAAUGUGUCACUCUGUUUUCGUAGCCACACACUUAUUGUUUUGAAGGAAACAUAUUGAAUUGGUGGGUUUGUAAAAGGUUCAUUUUUAUUCACCAGUGGUUGAAAUAAACCUGUAGCAAGCCCUAACAUCUACCUGUGUAAAAACACAUUCAUAUGUUUAUUACUUACAUUAUAAUAAAUCUCGAGAUGUUUUUGUCUUGAGAAUUUUUAAUGCAUGUCUUAAAGUUUUGUGUUAUCAUUAUACACCACAAAUUUGAAUUAGAUGCUCAAUAGCUGUAUGCAUUCAUCAGCAUUCAACAACAUCCUGUCUAGUUAAGUUAUGCAAGGCUAACAGCAUUACUGGCAAUCUCAAGUGUAUCAUACUACACAGCUGUGCAAGACAGGAAAAAAAGGGCUUCGUUCCAUGUUAUAUUCAUGCUUAAUCAGCAGUCAAAUCAUGAAUUGGGCUGUGUUGUGGAGUACUCACUACAUAUGUUCUCUGCAUACACCAAGGAAAAUCAGCCAGAGAGAUCUUGCUGACUCCUCUCAGCAGAGAGAAUGAGUGGGAAGGUGGAACUGUUGGGUUUGCCACACUUACACAAAUCCAAGCUCAUGUAAUUGGAGUUUUCAUUUUCUGACUUAGAAAUCUGUUGAGUACACACCUGUGAAUUCAGAAGGCUGUGAAGCACUCUAAAGUUGUCUCUGCUCUCACCUUGCCUUCACACAAAUUCUGUUUGUGUGUCUAUAUGUGUAUAUCUUUUGUACACUUACAGAUUAGCUGGAAAGAAAUAUCAAAUAUAUAUUCCAUGUCAAAUGCUACCUUUCUGAGCAGUAUUAUCUGCCCACUUGAGUACUGUGUCCUUAACAUACGGGAUAACAAUUCCUCAUGAACGUUAAGUCUGGCUUUGUAAUUUUUAAAGAAAACAGUGUCGAUAAUAUUUUUCUCUAUUUUAAGCAGACUAAUACAAAAAAAAUGUUGCUUUAUUACUGAAGAAACCUUCAGCAUGGACUAGAAUUAAUAGUAAAACACCACCAUACCUCUCUUCCUGUUAUCAUUACUGAGAGUUAUAUGAAAUUGUAACUGCAUCUUUACUUCAGUGUAAAAACACAUAUUGUGAUUACAGCUGAGUGUAGAGACUUAGGAAUUCCUGUACUCCACUGAAAAUAUAUAGAUGACCUCAAGAAAAGUAACAGAACUAUGGAACAAUGGCAUAAGUCACUGCCUUUUUAUGGCAAAAAAAGACAGAGGUAGAGGGGCUGUAAAAUGUCAAGUUUUUGAGUUAAAAUAUAUUGGUCACAGUGAUAUGCAGGUGCUGCAAACUCUGGGAUUAAAGACAGUAUUGCUCACUAACUAUUAGCACUGCUGCGAAUGUUGGAUGUUGGAGUUUUUUAUUCAUUUUUAAUGCUGACAACAGUCUUGGUGAGGAUUUUUAUUAUUCGACCAUCCAUUAAUGUAUAAUAAAUGAUUUUUUGAAGACUGCA